AUGAAUUUACGUUAUUUAAUCAUAAUUAAAAAUCAACCUAUGUGCUUUCCACCCAUGAGAGAAAGAGGAUUUCUUAGGCCGCCACAUUCACAAAAAUUAGGCCUUAUUGUUUUUAAUUUAGCGUUUGCAAUUAAUUGGUCAUGUUUACUUUGUGAAAUUUAUCCUAAUGUUCUUUGGGCUGAAAUCUUUGGUAUAAUUCCUUAUAAUUUAUUAGCAUCGAUAAGUAGUAUUGAUCUUUUAGGCCUUGUUUAUGCAAUACCUUCAGUUGAUGACGAUGAAGAUUGGAUCACAAACAACUUUUAA